CUGUCGCGGAAAAAUAACUGCCGGAUUCAGCUUUCUUUGCCAUCCACAAAAUUAACCCGAAAAGCCCGCCAAAUGUAGCGAACCCAACCUACCCGCCUCCAUUCUUUUCCCACAGCCACCCAUGGAAGGACCUAGGGUUAGGGUUUGUUUGUUCUAACGUUCCUUGUGAUUCCGUGGUAGCGUCGGCCUCAUCUUUUACGAUCAGAGGCAAGUUUUCUUUACGCUGUUGAAGGCUUCCGAUGGUGAUGGACGGCCGAGACAUGAGAGAGGAAUCCGAGGAAGUGGGAGGAAGAGGAGGAGAUGUUGUGGUGGUAGAUCGUCAAGGGACUGAGGUUGGGACGAUACCGGAAUCAGAACCAGAAUCUUUGCCCAAGGAGGCCAAUGUGCUCGAGGAGAUUGUGGAGGUGAUUGAGUCCGCGGCCCAGUUUGGGAACUAUCGGAGGACCCAGAGGAAGGAAUGCUACAGCCUCAUGAGGCGGAUGAAGCUCCUGCUGCCGCUCAUUGAGGAGGUGCGGGACCACGAGGAACCGAUAUCUGAGGCAGGGACUGCUGCCCUGUGGAACCUCAAGAAGGCCCUCAUCGCAGCGAUGAAGCUGCUCAAGACGUGCAAUGAGGGAAGCAAAAUAUACUUGGCUCUCGAGAGCGAGGCUGUCAAGGUUAAAUUUCACGAUGUUUACACGAAACUAACUCAGGCUAUAGUUGAUCUCCCGAUGGACGAGCUCGGCCUCUCAGAUGAAGUAAAGGAACAGAUGGACCUUAUGGCUGUGCAACUUAGGAGAGCAAAGAGGCGAACCGACACACAAGACAUUGAGCUUGCGAUGGACAUGAUGGUUGUUUUCUCUAAGAAGGAUGACCGCAAUGCGGAUAGCGCAAUUAUCGAACGGCUUGCAAAGAAGCUCGAUCUUCACACAGCUGAGGACCUGAAGAACGAGACCCUUGCGAUAAGAAAACUCGUAAAAGAAAGAGGAGCUCAGACCAUGGAAAGCACGCAGCAAAUCAUCGAUCUCCUCAACAAGUUCAAGGAGAUAGUGGGAGUUGAGAUCACCAACGUCCUCGAGGACCCCUCAGUGCCGAACAAGAUGCUCGAGAAGCUGCCAUCUUUAGUGAUCCCACACGAAUUCCUUUGCCCGAUUACACUUGAGAUCAUGACCGAUCCCGUAAUUGUCGCUUCUGGACAGACUUAUGAACGAGAGAGCAUACAGAAGUGGUUGGACUCGAAUCAUCGGACGUGCCCAAAGACAAGGCAGACGCUGGCUCACCUGUCGCUCGCUCCGAAUUAUGCCCUCAAGAACCUCAUUACGCAAUGGUGCGAGAAGCACAACUUCCAUCUCCCAAAGAAGGACGUCCCUGUUGCCGCAGAGCCCUCCUGCCCGGAGCAGAAGGAGAAGAUCCAGACGUUAGUCACAACCAUAGCUUCGUCUCACUUGGAGGAACAACGAAAGGCGGUCAUGAAGGUUCGAAAGCUCUCGAGGGAGAACCCCGAGAACAGGGUCAUGAUCGCCGAAUGUGGAGGGAUCCGACCUCUUGUCCAACUCCUAUCAUAUCCUGACUCGAAAAUACAAGAGCAUUCCGUGACGGCCCUCUUAAACUUGUCGAUCGAUGAGACCAACAAGAAGGUCAUAGCUAGGGAGGGCGCGAUCCCAUUGAUAAUAGAUGUGCUGAAGGACGGCAAUUCCGAGGCUCGGGAGAACUCCGCCGCAGCCCUCUUCAGCUUGUCGAUGCUGGAAGAGAACAGGAUCACCGUCGGGCUGAGUGGAGGGAUCCCUCCCCUAGUCGACUUACUACAGAACGGGACCAUCAGAGGGAAGAAGGAUGCUGCCACCGCAUUGUUCAACCUAUCCCUGAACCAAUCGAACAAGGCCCGAGCAAUCGAAGCAGGCAUCGUCCAACCCCUUCUCCAAUUACUAAAGGACAGGAACCUAGGAAUGAUCGACGAGGCCCUCUCAAUAUUUUUGCUCCUUGCCUCGCACCCGAGCGGGAGGCAGGAGAUCGGGCAGCUUCCCUUCAUCGAGACCCUCGUGGAGUACAUCCGGGAUGGAAUGCCCAAGAACAAGGAGUGUGCAACGGCGGUUCUUCUCGAGCUGGGCUCGAGUAACUCGUCCUUCCUCUUGGCAGCCCUCCAGUUUGGGGUGUAUGAGCACCUGGCAGAGAUUAGCAGAAGCGGAACAAGCCGAGCCCAGAGAAAGGCGAAUGCGAUACUUCAGCUAAUGAGUAAGAGCGAGCAGAUCCCAUGAAAAUGUCGUUGGGAGCUUCGUAAUUUGCUUCAUUGCUCAUGUUCUGUGGUUCCCCUUGGAAAAACAAAGCUAGGAUUCAAGCAUAUAUGUAUACAUGUUCAAUUGUUCAUACCAAGAUGUUACCAAGAUUGUUUGUUCAUAAAUGUAAUGUACGGAAUGAAAUGUAUGAAUAUUUGAUUGCAUGUGUUUAUCUUUAA